UCAGAAAAAGCGCGUCGUCAAGUCUAAAAUCAGUAAAUUACCAGGCAAGACUGUGACAAUACCUAAUUCUCAUUGUUUGGUAUUCAACAGCACAGCACAGCACAAAUCGAUAUCAUACCUAAUUAGCCAUGGCAGAAGCAGACUUAGAAGAGCUGAACGAACAGUUCGGUGCGCCGAACAAGGAGCUACAACCCGAUGUCGUCUCUGAGCUGCAAUCUAUUAUGAAGAUGCAUUCCCUGUCCGCUCAGGAUUUAUUUUUCAAGUGGGAGUCGUACUGCAUAAAAAUGGACAUGGACGGGAACAAUCUGUCUGUAGAAAGCCUGCGGGCCCUCAAGCAAGACAUCCUAGACGCCUUGCAGCGAAACAAUCGAACGCAUCAGGUCCAUAUCAAGACGGAGAAGCGCUCGGCUGGGACACCGCGCAGCAAUGUUAAGGGAGGCGGGGAUGUUUAUGGGAUGUUAGAGGGAAUGGUCCCCAGUACUCCAGCUACGGCAAAGCUAAACAAGAACGCCUCCAAGAGUGCCUCUAAGAGACGAAACCAGCCCGAUACCCCCUCGAUGGCUCGGGAAUUAGAGUCUCUGAAUGUUAGCUCAGCAACUUCCUUUAACGACCGCCAGAACCCAGGAGAGGUGAUAGAGGUCCUUAAUAACCAUCUUAAACCCCCUGAGCCCCCAAUUGCACCGCAUUCGGAAUCGCGGAUUAAAUUGACCGCAGCUUCAGAUAUAAAAAAGCUAGGUUACAAAACGCUCGCUAUGAAAUCUUCGGAAGCAUCUGAGAUUCUAGACGACAGGAUAGACGAAUUUCUAGGAUUAAUAAGAGACCACCAAAACAUAGACGAGAGCGAGUUCGGCAGUGCGGCCAGUCAAAGUACCACGGAAAUCGUUGCUGUAGGCCGAAUUGCGUCCGAUUCUUCGGAAGGCAAACUUAACGCGGCAUCUCUUGUUCUAGAGACAUCGAGGCGGACCGGGGGAGGUCGGAGAAUCCCCCUAAACUUACAAAAGCUUAAUGGUCGCUAUCAGUUUUUCCCGGGACAAAUCGUCGCAUUCAGGGGCAUUAACUCAUCCGGGAAUGAAUUUGUUGUCCGAGAAGUGCUGGAAAUGCCCCUAUUACCCAGCGCUGCAUCUACGCCGGCCGGUAUCGAGGCCCACAGGGAGAGACUUCGGGGUGGCCCAGACGCAAUGGACUCGGGCGAUGAGCCGGCACCGUUAAAUAUAAUAUUCGGCUCAGGUCCCUAUUCAGCUGACGAUAAUCUCGACUUCGAGCCGCUUCACGCCCUCUGCAGCCAAGCGGCAGACACGUAUGCCGACGCCCUCAUCUUAACAGGACCGUUCAUCGACGUCGACCACCCUCUGAUUGCUACGGGCGACUUCGAUCUCCCGGAGGACGCGGCCGUAGACCCAGACGCCGCAACAAUGUCUACAGUUUUUAAGUAUAUGAUUUCUCCAGCGCUGAACCGACUUGUUGCAUCAAACCCAACUAUCACCAUUCUGUUAGUACCGUCCGUGCGCGACGUUAUCGAGAAACACGUAUCUUGGCCCCAAGAUCCCUUUCCUAAAAAAGAAUUAGGACUACCUAAGGCCGCACGUAUAAUCGGCAAUCCUAUGACUCUGUCUAUCAAUGAGAUGGUACUCGGAAUUUCGUCCCAGGAUAUCCUUUGGGGUCUACAACACGAGGAGCUUGUCGGUAGCCGGCCUCCAGACAACCACUUAUUCUCUAGAGCUCCUAAAUAUUUGAUCGAGCAAAGGCAUUAUUUCCCUAUAUUUCCUCCAGUAGAUCGGCAGAAAUUGCCCAAGGUCGGAACAGAAGACGGACUUCCAUCUGGUGCCGUGCUUGACACGAGCUAUUUGAAGCUGGGAGAGAUGGUGACGGUGAGACCUGAUAUUAUGAUCGUUCCGAGUGCUUUGCCUCCGUUUGCAAGGGUCGUGGAGAGUGUUGUAAUCAUCAACCCAGGAUACCUCUCGAAAAGGAGAGGCGCAGGGACGUAUGCUCGAAUGACUCUGUUUCCACCAACGGUGACAGAUGAAGAGUUAAGUAGUGGAGGCAUGGUUGGUCAUAAGGUAUUUGAAAGGGCCAAGGUCGAGAUUACGAGGAUAUAGUGUAUACAAUUGCUCACAUCAAGACGGACUAGGGGGCUCGUGAUAAAAUACGAAUGCCGACUACCUAAUCCUCUUAUAACCGACUUAUAAUGUAUCUAUCUGUUAGACUAACUAGAAUUAUACCCAGA